AGUCCGGCUGAACCGUAGUAUCGUGAAUGUGUACUCAGACAGUAUUUCAACACUCGAUCGUUGUUUUUUUCUUUUUGUUUGUAAAUUGAUUAAACAUCCACAGUUUUUGAGUUGUGCAUUGUUUCCACCGGUGAAAUGGUCAAUUGUCGUUGAUGUUCGCAUGCAAUAGAGAAGAUUGUAAGGACUUGUGAGCCAGGUAGCUCCUUAUUGAAAUUAAUUUUGUGCGGAGACUCGACCGGGAUAUUUUGGGGUAUAUAUACUUUACUAUAUAUCCAAGGAGAAGAGAAAGAGAGAAACAAAAUACUCAAAGGGAAAUCGAAGUUGGAAGAAGAAGAAGGGAAAAGGCCGCUCUGUGGAUAAGUGUCAUUUUGCAAUUUUCCAUUUGAGUCUGUGUUUUCUUCUUUUCCUUUUUUUUGAACAGAUAAAAAUUCUAAAUUCAUUUAAAAUCCCAAAUUUUUUGCCUAUUUAUUGCAUUAAAUUUUAUGUGCGAAACGGCCAAACAAUCAAACUAAACCUGGUGGUUUUAGACUCAAAGAGAAUGCUAUAGAAGCGUCACGAAGUUAUAUCACAGGCAUAACGUAUACCACACACAUAUAUAUAAUAACACUGAACCACAAUUCUCUCUGGUGAGCAGGAAAAACCGAAUAAUAAAAGUUUUGUGAAGUAUUUAUCACCUGUAUGAAAAAAAAUAAAUAAAAAGGUCACAGCAAGACCUAGAGACAAGAAAGAGAAUUUAAUUUAAUAUUUAAAAAAAAGUGAAAGAGACAGCUGAAAAAUAAAUAAAAUUUGGUUUAAUAUAAACAGUGCUGAAAGAUUCUUUGUUGGUGUUUGCCUCACUGCAAGAAUUGUUACACAAAAGAGGUGGAAGAAUUGGUGAACAGAGACGAAAUAAGGGUCCAGCAAUCACAGACAAAAUAUUCAACUUCAUCUUCAGCCAUGCUAUUCGAGAAUCCGGCUGUGGCUGCUAAAUUACCUUUUCCGUAUAAUAUACCGCCACCGAUGCAGGCUGCCGCUGGGGUCCCACAAAUCAGUGCGGGCCUCGAGACAAAGCCCCUCAUCGAUCACGACCUGCAAAAUGCCUUGAUAGCCAUCAAUCCAAUGAAUGGGACGGCGGUUAAUGGGGCGAUCAAUGGAACCACAAAUUCACAUUCAAGCUCAUCGGGCAGAUCAACACCAAACACAGGCACAGAUCCCGCUCCUGGGAAGCUCUUUGUGGGCGGUCUGAGUUGGCAAACGAGUGCGGAUAAGCUGAAGGAGUACUUUGGCAUGUUUGGUACAGUCACAGAUGUCCUCAUUAUGAAGGAUCCCGUCACACAGAGGAGUCGGGGUUUCGGCUUCAUCACAUUCUCAGACCCAUCGAGUGUGGAGAAGGUGCUGAAGGUACCCAUUCAUACGCUGGACGGCAAGAAGAUCGAUCCGAAGCAUGCAACUCCCAAGAAUCGACCGAAACAGGCGAAUAAGACAAAGAAAAUCUUCGUGGGUGGUGUGAGUCAGGACACAUCAGCGGACGAAGUGAAGGGGUACUUCAGUCAAUUCGGCAAAGUGGAGGAGACAGUGAUGCUAAUGGACCAGCAGACGAAGCGCCAUCGUGGCUUUGGCUUUGUCACGUUCGAAAAUGAGGAUGUGGUGGAUCGCGUGUGCGAGAUUCACUUCCAUACGAUCAAGAAUAAGAAGGUGGAGUGCAAAAAGGCGCAGCCAAAGGAGGCAGUUACGCCGGCGGCGCAACUACUGCAGAAAAGACUGAUGCUGGGUGGUCUUGGUGUCCGGAUGGCGGCUCCGGCACCAAUGGUAGGGCCCGCCGGCACAGUGGCGGCCGCUAAUCCACUUGCUGUCGUACAGGCUCAGGCACAGGCGGCUCAGGCAGCCGCUGCCGCUCUUCAAGUACAAAAUGCUGCAGCCGCCGGCUUUGGAAAAGUCUUCACAACAUAUCCACCGACUAUUCAUAGUUUUAGAUAUGCGCCGUAUCCUAUUCCCGCCGGAGCCGCUGCUGCUGCCGCCCAUGCGGCGACCGCACCACAGCCCCAGCCUCAGCCCGCCGCGCCCCCAACGCAAACUACAGCAGCUCUCGCAGCUACCCCAGUGGCACCUGGAAACCCCUAUCAGGGCUAUAGUCUCACAAAUGUGGACAUGUCGAGUUUCCAAGGGGUCGACUGGGGUUCCAUGUACGGCAUGGGGAUGUACGUGUAGGGCGUACUUGGCCCCCAUGCGUGUGUACAGUGUGUGCCACUAUGAGGCCCCCGGGGGUGAAUGUGUGGGAGGGCAUUUUGGAAGCAAAUUGGAGUUGACAUGAGACACUGAGAGGAAAAUUAUGGGAGAAUAAGAUUGAAAUGGAUUGGAGUUUGGGGCAGAGAAACACGAGACGGCGUUACAGCAAAAAAUUAGAUAGUUGAGAAAUAAUACCAACGGUGACCAAGAUGCUAGAAGGGGAAUUUGGGGGGACUAUCUCAGUACUACCCCCUAGCCAUGUGGAUGGAUUGCUUUUUUCAGAGACGAGCCACACAGAUGAUAACAAAAGAGGUAUCACAAUAGAAAUUAAAAGAAGAAAACUCACACAUGGAGGAGACAAAGUAGUUAGUGAAUAACUAAAAGAAAAGAAAAAAAGGAGGAAGAAAAUGAAGAGAAAAGAAAGAGAUCCAAAACGAUUGACAUGCUGGAGCGGAUUUCAUUUCCAACAGACACAAUUUCUUUUAGAUCGCCAACUGAAUCUCGUUUUAGCGUUUUGUUUAUGAUUUUUCUCUCUUCUUACUUUUCAAAUCCAGAUGGAUUUUAAUGAAGGAUGCAAUGAUGGUGAGAAGGGAGAGCGUGAGAUGGAUAAGUGAUGAAUGAAAAGCCACAAGAACAACCCACCAAGCUAAACACAAAAAAAAAUAGUUACAAGGAAAUUUUUACAAUGAGAAUCCAAGAUGAGACGAGAAGCCAUUUCCGAUGAGUAUAAAACCCAACUAAAAAUACCUUUUAAAUAUCUAAAUUUUACUUUUAGUGGACAAAAUAGAUGGCAGAAGUAAAAAUGAAAUUAUUAUUAAAAAAAAUAAUAAAUCAUAGAUAUUAGAAGAGAAUGUAAACGUUUGGUUUCACCGUAAUUUUUUACACCAAUUCUCUACAUUUUUAAUGUAAUAACCAAAAUACUUAUAUACGUAAUCUCUUUCAAAAAUAUGUGAGAUUGUUCAUUGCUCAGAAAAUGGUUGAAAAAAAACCUCCUAGAUAUUUGUUUUUGUGUUAAUAACUUUCAUUACUUCUUUGUCUUCUUGUUUUUUUUAUAUAUACCACUAAUAUUCUCCUUAGUUGUUCUUGUGUAAUCUAUGCAACACAUCUCUAUUGGAAUUCUUGUAAUUUACUACUCAAAAUUUUCAUUUAAAAUGAAAAAUUAUGUUAUGCAGAAAAUAUCAAAAAAAAACUUUAGAGAUUAACAAAAUUACAUGAUUGUUAGAAUUUUAAUUUAUUUUAAUUCUAAAAUUUUAAGUGGAUUAAACACCCCCAUAGAGACAGAAAUUUUAUCUCAAUGUAAUGUAUUGAGCAGAAAUUUUAUAUUUAUUAUAAAAAUUAUCACUGAAAUAGCAUUUUUUGUUCACUGCAGAUUAACAACCAAAAAAUAUAGAAUUUUCAUUAUGAAAACAAAUCCUAUUCUUAUGUAAAAAUUUCAUUAGAUUUGUUUGCAUUAUUUGAUAAAACAUAAUACCAACACUUCUUAGCUUAUUUUUUUUUAAUCUGUUUUGAUUUUAUUUUUUUUAGAUUUUUCUGUAUAUUUUUUGUCUACAUUUUUGAUUACAUUUAAAUUUGAACAAAAACGUAGUUCUGAAGAUUUUAACAAACAAAAACCCAUUCAAUAGUUUAACAAAACUUUAAUAAAAAUUCUCUUAGCUUUUUUUCCACUCUCUAUUUAGAUAUUCCUUCAUUUUUUGGUUUUGGAAAAACAAAUUUAUUAGCCAAAAAAAAAAUUAACAUCAUCAUACAGUAUUAUUAAAGUAAAUAAAAGAAAAUAUUUAAUUGUAAUAACUGUGGUGCCUAAAGAAUUUCUCAAUGAAGAAAAUGUAGGAUGUUGAUGAAAGAUUUAACUAAAGAAAAAAAAACAAUUUUAUCAAAUCCCAUAGAUUAGAGAUGAGAAACUUUUUCAACUUUUGUGAGAAGCAAUUAAUAUCGGUUUUUCAUUACUAUUUAUCCCUUUGUCUCCUUUUCAUGAUGAUAGUAUUUUUUUAUUAGUUAGUUACAUAGUAUGACGUAUUUUUUGCAAUUCAAUCAUACAAAGAGAUUACAGGUAGUUUUUUAGAUUGUAUUUCAGCGCAAUUAAUUAACCAAUUUGGUAAAUUAGUAAAUUUUGCAGCAUCAUUUAAACUUCAAUUUAAGACUGAAGGAUUUAAAAGCUCACAAUGAAAAAUUCAAAGCUCGAGAGAUAAAUCCUUCAAUUUUGAAUUACUGAUUCUCAAUUUCUUGGAUUCCAAGAAUUUUAAAUUCUUUGAAUUAAUUUCUACUAUUCUUGGUACAAUUUCUCUGUAUGAGAAAAUUUAAAAAUAACAAAACUAAAAUUAAAGUAGAAAUAUUUUCAGGACACCACUUUAUUUAUCAAUUUAUGCAAAUUUUAUCUCCCCCCUCCUGAAGGAUAUUCUAAAAUAUAACAAAAAAUGUAGGAACAGACUUUUAAUAAACAAGAAAAGAAGUCGAAAUUCAAGAAUUCUACCGGUUUCACGUAGAUUAAAAAAAAAUUAAACUCCUUUUCACAAGGAUAUGCUGUGAGAUUCAUGGGAAAAAAAUUAAAUACAAUUUUCCAAGCGAGUUUUCUUUGAAAAAAACAAAGUAUAUAGCAAAAAAUCCACUGAUUGGCUUUGAAAUUUCACGUCUAAAAACAAAUAAAUACGAUUAUAAGGCGUUUGCGAUGAUGGGAAGUGAAGGGAAAUGAAAAGAAUUAGAAAAUAGGAAGUAAAUUUAGACGAAUAAUUUUCCACAAAAUAAAAAAAAAUAAUAUUUUGGGAAAAUUAUCAAAAACACGGAAGAUGCUCUUUCAAGUUUCAUGAAAAAAAAAAUGGAAAAUUCUCAAUGUAAAGAGAAAACUUGAUAGUUUUUAAGCAAUAUAUCUCGCAAUAAGCAGUAUUAUAUAUUUUUCAAAGAUAUUUGAAAAAUUCUUUUAUUCAUUGGUAAUGAUGGAUACUAUAAAAAACACAAAUGUGUAAAAAUUUGAGAAUUUUUUGAAUUCUUGGUGAUGUAACAUGAAAUUCUUUUCUUGUUCCGCACCCUAGUUUUCCAUUAUAUUGAAUUGAUAAAUUCUCAAUGAAAAAAAAUCUCGUGUAAGAGGUUGGAGGAGUUAAAAUGACGAUGAUGAUAUUUUUUAGUGAUUCUUUUUUAUAAUUUGUUUAAUUAGGUACACUUUAAUCCUUAAUUAUUCUAACCUUUCGUAUUUUUUAUUCAAAAAAAACUUCACUCUUUGCUUUGCUUUAUUUUUUCUGUUGAAAAUUUUCUUUCUUCUUCACAAAUUUUUAAAGAAAUAAAUUUUAAAAAUAAUAAAAAAAAAACUUUAAAAAGUCAAAUUUUUGAAUUUGUAAAGUGUGAAAAAAAUGCAAUUUCCAUGGAAAAGGAUUAAGUAAAAAAAGCAACUUAAAGAGAAAAAAAAUAAGCAAAAAGCAAAACAAAUAAUUUUUUAAAUUAGAUAAACCAUUUAAAAAAAUUUUGACAAUUUGAGCAAAAAGAAAAUUAAUAAGCAAAAGAUUUAAAAAACAAAAAUUACUUACUUAAAGUAAUUUUUUAAAAAUAAAUCACACAAGACAAAAACUUUUAAAAAUUAUUAAACGCUUGUGAGAAACCUCAAUAUAAUAUUUAAAGAAAAAGAAAAAUGAAAAGUUAGUGAUCAGCUUUUAAUAAUCGUUUAGUUGGCUCUUAAUUUUUGUGUUAGAAAACAAAUACCCAAACUUGCCUCAUUAAAUAUGUAUACCUAUUUAUUACCUUCCUAGGAUAUUUAUUUUACGUAGCUUCCUUCUUGCCCGUAUUAUUUUUUUUGCACUCUAUUGUUCCAAUAAAGAGAAUGUUUAUCAUCGAAAAAAAGCGAUUUUAAGGAGCGCCAUUGCUCUGUUCUUUUAUACUAUUUUUUUAUUUUUUUUAUUUUUCUUAAUAAUUUUUAUUGGAUGAAAAAAAGAAAGAUAUUGAAGAAGUAGUUUAUACCAAAUUAAUUAUGUUUAGGUGCCUUAUCUAGACUUAACCUUAUCAAAAUGUAUUGUUACAAAAAAAUGAGUAGAUUACUUUCAUUUUAUUUUUGGUAAAUUUAUACGGAACUUAAAGCCUCAACAAAGUGAAAUUAAUUUUGCUUUGUGCUUUAGAAUGCCAGAAAAUCCUUCGGGGUCGUUUGAAAUUAGUUAAAAAUGGAAAACAUUGGACCUCUCUGGUUGGAUUUGAAAGAAUUUUUUUUUGUAAAUUUAUUAUUUAGAAUAGAUAUUAAUUGUAUAAGUUUAAUUUCUCUUAAUUUCUUUGGCCGCAGUAUGAUCUUGGUAUGAUUGAAAAUGUCUCUAUUGUAAACGAUAAUAAUGCAAUAUAAGAUGGAAAAUUAGAGAUAUGAGUUUGUUUUUUUGUUCAAUAUAAAUAGUCAUUGUUUUUCUUUUUAAUUUAAUUUCUGCAAAUUAGUGUUUUCCCGUAAAAAUAAACUUACUAACGAUGUUUAAAGUUUUAUUUGAAAAUUUUAUUUUUAGUAAUAUUUUACUUUGGGUUAGCGUAUUCAUUUUUAUUUGUCUGUAUAAAUAAAAUUUAAACAGAAAAGAAAUAGAUUUUAUAUGAUAAUGAGAAAAUUAGAAGUAGUUUUGUGUAUAUAUAAAGAAAAUGAAAGCAGUUCAAUGGAAUGAAAUUUUUUUGUUGAAUUUUUAGUUUCAAACAUUUUAUUACAGAAAAUAAAUAACGUAGUUUUAUGUGAGACCGAAAUUUGAAUAAAAACUUUUUGGUUUAUUUUUAAUUUUUGUUUUUUUUUUUAUUAUGCAAGAGUAUAACUGCAAGGUAGCGGAGAAAAGAUUAAAUUAUGAAAAAAUGACUAAAUUCACGUGAAACUGAAGAAAAAUUCAACAUAUCGAGAAAAAAAAUGACAAAAUAAAUUAGUUUAAAAAAAGUUAAAUUAAAUUCUUCAAAUGAGAACGUCUGUGAACAACAUCAUAUCAUUUUGAAGAUUUGGGAAAAAUAACAACAUUUUUACAGCCUUUCCAAAGUUUGCAAAAACUACUCUCUUUCUUCAGAAUAUUCGAAUAUAUUUCUUCAAUUUCCUCAAAAAAAUACCUACAUAUAUUUAAAACUUGACAAUAAUUAAGCAAUAAUUGAGAUAUAAAAAAAUAUAAUAAAAAUUAAUAAAUAAUUUUAACAAUUUUGAUAAAUCUGUUGUGAAAAUUUAAAAGAAAAUUGCGAUAGAAUUACUCAUAUUUGAAAAUGAAAAUGAUAAAGUUUUUAAAUGUUUUUUGAUACUAAAUUAUUCAAGAAAUUAUUCUUAUUCUUCUCGCGAGAGAACAAAAUUAUUCUAACAAAGAACAAAAUAUUCGUAAUCUCAAAAAGGUCAGCAACUUUAAUUAAGAUUUCAAAUAAAAUCUAGCGGAAAAUCGACGAAAAUUAUUGAAUAACAAAAAAGUACAAACUUAUAUCUCUAUCGCGAUGGGAAAAAAUUUUAAGAGACCAAGACUUCCAAUAUUAAUAAAAUUUAUUUUCUUGAAGUUAUAUUUUCAUUUCAACUUCGUGGAACCUGAUAAAGAAAAAAAUGCUUAAAAGGAUAUAAAUACAGAGGACCAAUAUUUUAACCUCAGAGAAAAAAGAAAACGUAAAAUUCUUAAUGCUUCCAAGACUUUUCUUCAGUCUAGAAUAAGAUAUUGUGAUUGUUUUAAUUCCUUUUUUUUAUAUUAUGAUUUCUUUUGUGAGAUUUUAUUGAAAUCAUGGAUAUUUCCGUAGAUUAAAGAAGAAAUAUUUUAUGGAUUAUAUUUUGUGUGUAGAGCUUUGGCACUUCUUAAAGUAUCUGCUUUAAAUUUUAUAUAUAUUUUUUCUGUAAUAUACAGUCGCUCGUGGUUCUAUUCUACUUGAGAAUAUAUACCUACUCUUUAUUUAUAUUUUUCUUACACCCCCUUUAAAAAUUCUUCAGACAACCUCUUUGAAAGACAGAAUUUUCUCAAUAUUUUCACCUUCAACUAUAUAUUUUUUUUCUUGCAUUAUCCUUAGAACAAUAAUUAAAAAAAAAAAACGAAGUAUUAGUGACACUGAGUAUAUUAGAACUAAAGAAGAAAUAAAAAGUUUUUCUUUGUAGAGGAACAACAAAUUGUGAAGAAAGCUGUGGAAAAAAAAUAAAGAACAAGAAAUAGUAGAACAAAGAUAAAGGUGAAUUUUUACAUUAAAAGAAAAACUAUAUACAAAUUCCUAUUAGAAGGUAGUUGAUAUUUUUUGCGAAUUUUAGAGUUUUCUUAAUUGCUUUUUUUAUGCAAAAAUAAUUAACAUGUGUGUUGUAAAUUUUUGCAAUUAAUCUGUGAAAAAAUACAAUUUUUCAAAAUUGCCAUUCACGUUCAAAAUAUUUAUUUUUUUUAUUAUUACAAUUUUAGGUAGAAUAAAAAAAACAAAAAAAAAACAAAUACUGAUUAGCUCUUGAAAACUCUGUAGGGAUGCUUCAGAUGAAUGGGGGAAAAAUGUGUAGAAAAUCUUUCUGACAAUGAGUUAUUUUUUUUAAUAUAUAAUUCACCAAGAAAGAUUGCUUCUCUUAAUGCAUAAUAAAAUCUUGCCGAUGUUUUUUUUUUGAAUGUGAAAACUCCUAAAUAAACUCGUUUUCUCAAAAA